CCUUUGCCCUGAGAAAAUGUUGUUUAUCAGACUACUGGCUAUCUUCCUCGUCUUCAUCACUAACACGUGGCUGCUCAGCCCGGUUCGCUCUGACGCGCUCAGCCGGUACAAACGCGCCUUGGCUCGGCGGGCAGACCGCGAGCUCUCCAGGCUGGCAGGUGAACCGUGCACCGUCCCAGGCGUCUGGAGGUCCCGCCGACAGCCCCGCUCCCUCUCCCUGUCACAACACCGCCCUCCAGCGGCCCGUCCGAGGACGCACACGAGCCGGAGAGAGCCGUACUCAGUCGGGAGCGCUCCUGCGGUUUGCGCAGGAGGCUGCAGGUUUGACACCGGGGCGCAGCGGGUCGCUCCCGCGGGGGAGGAGAGGGGAGGCUGGGGUGACCCGGAGGACGUGGCCGUGGGAGCGAGGGAUGGAGGUGACACGGCUACCAGAUCCUUAAUUGAGGGAGACUCUAGAAAUGACAAGAGAGACGCCGCUCCGCAGCCCGGGAAGCCUCUCGUUGGAGACGCCGGGCGGAGCGCCCCUUCCUCCGGACGCACGUUGUCCCCACACGACCCCCGCUCCAGGUCUGUCCGCAGCCUCCACGCAUCGUUCCGUUACGAAGAAGAAGGCAACUCCAGCUGGGAGAAAGUUUCCGCCGACAACUUGACAGACCACCAGGGCGUCCGGGUCCUGCACAGCCUGCAGCAGGGAGACGGAGACCACCGGCCCUCCGCGAAGACCCCGGAGGUGGGGACGGACGACUACUCCGGGGAGGUGGACGAUGCCGAUCUGCCUGCCAGUUUGCCCAUGGGCGGCUGGGGCGGCCCCGUGCCGAGGGUGCCCCCCUCCUGGAUGAGCGCCCUGUACUUCAGCGGGCGCCGGGAGCAGCUGAAGGUGAAGCUGUCUGCGGGGCUGGAGCUGCCGAGGGCCGCGUUCAGCCUGGAGCUGUGGGUGAAGCCAGAGGGCGGUCAGAGCAAUCCUGCGGUCAUAGCAGGUGUGUUUGACAACUGCUCCCACUCAUUGAGUGAGAAGGGCUGGUCAGUAGGAAUUCGCACCGUGGAUCCUGCAGGCACCAAAGAUGCACGGUUCUACUUCAUGCUCCGAACAGACCGGGCUCCAAAGUCCACCACUGUGUAUAGCCACCAGAGGUACCAAGCCAACGUCUGGACUCACCUGAUGGCUGCUUACAAUGGCCACAACAUGACCCUAUAUGUUGAUGGAGCCAAGGUAGGGGAAAGUAGUCUCCAGUCUGGGAAUCUCUACAGCCCCUUCAUGAAGACCUGCAGGACGCUCUUUCUUGGCAGCAACCAAUCUGAUCAUGAACACAACUUCAGGGGUCUCGUAGGCGGUGUGGUUUUGUGGUCUUAUGCCCGCUCCCAUGAGGACCUGCUGAAACGGCCUCUUCAGAUUGACAAGAGCGUUCCCAUUGUGGCUAUGUGGGCUGAUUUCACAGAUGUAGAGCAGCUCUGGACUCCAUACAAAGCAGGCCUUCAUCCUACUAUUAUCACAGCUCCCAUCCCUGAACAGGAGCAUGUCUCUCCUUUCCUGCCACCCCCAUGCGGUCUGACACCUUGCGACAAUACAGACAUCAUCUUAGGCUACAACAACAACUGGCAGCUUCGUUCCCCCAAGCGAGUUCGCUACCGUAUUGUCAACCUCGCCAAUGAUGACGGUGGAAAUCCAACAGUGACUCAGGCUCAGAUCCACCUUCAGGACCUGGCUCUGACUGAAGCCUUCCGGCCGUAUAACAUCACCUUGGAUCUCAGUGUCCACACUGUCAAGAACUCCAGCCUCCGGGAGAGGUUUAUUCUCAGCAACUGUCGAAUCGGCAAAAUUGGGAACCGCCAAUGUGACCCCGAGUGCGACCACCCACGGACGGGCCACGAUGGAGGGGACUGCCUCAGGCUGGGCCCCUGCUACAACUGGAAGAGACAGGAUGGGGUUUGUAAUAUGGAGUGUAACAGUAUCCACUAUGACUACGAUGAUGGAGACUGCUGUGACCCAGAAAUCACCGACGUGCUCAAGACCUGCUUUGAUCCUGAAUCUCCUGACAGGGCAUAUAUGAGUGUGAAAGAGCUAAAGGAGGUACUGCAGCUGAGUGGCACAGACACACUCAAUGUUUUCUUUGCCAGCAACUCUGUGCGUGAAGAGCUGGCGGGAGCUGCAACCUGGCCGUGGGCAAAGGAGGCUCUUACUCACCAAGGUGGGAUGGUCUUGAACCCCAUGUACUUCGGCACCUCGGGCCACCAUAACACAAUGAUCCAUGAGAUGGGGCACAUAUUUGGGCUGUACCAUGUGUUCAAGGGGGUGAGCGAGCGGGACUCCUGUGAUGACCCGUGUCAGGAGACCACCCCAUCCAUGGAGACUGGAGAUUUGUGUGCCGACACUGCUCCGACGCCCAAAUCCAAAGCCUGCCAAGAUCCCGGAGCUGUGAAAGACAGCUGUGGAGUCACAACCUACCAGGACACGCCUUACAGUAACUACAUGAGUUACACAGAUGACAAUUGUACCGAUCAUUUCACUCCGAACCAAGUGGCUCGCAUGCACUGUUAUCUGGACUUGGUGUACCAGAAGUGGCUGACGGAACAGAAACCGGUCCCCGUCCCUCUGGCUCCUAUUGUGACGGACCAGAGUCCAGAUUCUGUCACCAUCUAUUGGCUCCCACCUUUAAGAGGACCCCUUUAUCAAAGCUCUUCGUUCCACGUGUCUGGUGUCGACUGCGGAGACUGUGAGAGAGACGGCGUCUUCCAUCAGUAUGCCCAUGAGGCCGCCUCACCUCGCAUAUGCGACACCUCAGGCUACUGGUCACCCGAAGAGGCAAUCGGGCCGCCGGACGUGGAGCAGCACUGUGAUCCGAGUCUCCAGGCGUGGAGUCCUGAGCUCAGCCUUUACGACACCAACGUGACGUCUCCCUGCCCCGACACCGAGGGCUGCACUCUCACGCUGAAGUUCCUCUACCCGGUCGUUCCACACGCGCUGACUCUCUGGGUCACGUACAUCUCCUCAAAUAACCCAGCCAUAGCCAACAUUGAGCUGAUCACAGAUGCAGGAAAAAGCAUCGACCUCGGUCCGCAGCACGUUUUCUGUGACAUGCCCCUCACCGUGCGCCUCGACACCCACAACGCUGCCAUCGCCGCCAUUAAGCUCUGCACCUUUGAUGAGAAAAUGGAGAUUGAUGCAGCCAUGCUGUCUUCAGGCCCCGGCAGUCCGCUCUGCUCCGGCUGUCAGCCUCUGCUCUACCGCAUCCAGCGGCGGCCGCCUUUCGCCAGCAACCCGCAUCCACCUCAGACCAAGCAGACCUUCACAGACAGCUCUGUCAUACAGGGAGUCAAGUAUGAAUAUUCGGUCCAGGUGGAAUCGGAUGGUCUCCUCAGCGAUCACUCUCCGUCUUUACUCUACACACACGGGCAGCCGUACUGUGGGGAUGGUCGCAUUGACAGGUCCGAACAGUGUGAUGAUAGUAAUCUGCUUGACGGUGACGGCUGUUCUAAGAAAUGUCUUAAAGAAAUGGGCUUCAAAUGUAAUGGCGAACCCAGUCAGUGUUAUGUUUUUGACGGAGACGGCGUGUGUGAGGAGUUCGAGCGAGGCUCCAGCGUUCAGGACUGCGGUUACUUCACACCUCUGGGCUACACAGACCAGUGGGCAUCCGCCGCCACGGCUUCCCACCAGGACCCCAACCGCUGCCCCGCCCGCGCCGUCACCGGGGAGCCUUCGCUCACCAAGCUCUGCAGCUAUCAGCACCUGGAGGCGAGCGAGACGUUGCCCACUGACGCCUGGUUUCCGUGCACGGCCCAACCUGACGCAAACAAUGACCUGGAACAUUCAUUUUGGCUCAAGUUGGGAUUUGUUCAUUCUGGAGUUGCCGCCUCUGUGAUGGUGUAUUUGGCCUCAGAUGGAUCGUACUCUGCGGAGCAGUGUCGAAGGACCGUCACCAUCUUCCUCUCUGACACUGCUGGCAAGAACCACUCUCUAGGCACACAUGACCUCUCAUGCCAUCGAAACCCACUGGUGGUGAAUGUGACCCAUGACCUCUCUCAGCCCUUCUUCCUGACGUCCUCGGUCAUCCUCCUCUUCUCGUCGCCCUCCGUGGCAGUGAGCGGGGUGGCCCUGAGGACCUCCUGCCACUUCAGCACCUUCGCCCUGACUGGCUGUUUACGGCAGCCGUGCCAGAUGGACGGCUGCAGCCCUCCUCAGUUAGAGCACGCCUCCGUCAGGUGCACGGGAGGAGGGGAGGCGUCUCGCUGCUCCGUCCACUGCCACCGCGGUUUUAGUGUCUCUGUCCUCAACGGCAGGCCGACUCAACCUCACCAGAGAAAGGCAGAGUUGGAGUGUUUCCACGGUUCGUGGGAUCGAGCAGUCAGCUGUCAGCCAGUAGACUGCGGCCCUCCUGACCAGUCGCACGUCUUCCAUGCUAUAUUCAGCUGCCCUUGGGGAACCACCUUUGGCAAACAGUGUUCCUUCACCUGUGGAUCACCGGCAAUAUUGCAAGGUGACAGUGACAGGCUGGUUUGUCUGGAGGACGGACUGUGGUCUUUCCCGGAGGCCUACUGCAAGAUCGAGUGUCCAGAGGUUCCGAGCAUAUGCAACGCCAAGCUGCUCACGGCAGAUUGUCUGGCUUCCGGGCACGAUGUCGGCUCUGUCUGCCGUUACAAAUGCAACCCGGGCUUCUAUGUGUUAGGAAGCCUCAAGAAGAAAACACCCAGGAAGUACUUCAAGUUGGAGUGCCUGGAGGAAGGCCAGUGGGAGGAAAGUGGAUGUGAGCCGAUAUCCUGUCCAGCCCUCCCUGAUGUAUUUCAGGGCAUGUACACCUGCACCAACGGCCUGUAUUAUGACACCCUGUGCACCCUGCAGUGCCCAGACCCUGCAGAAAAUAAGCAAAUUCGCUGCACUAAAGACGGUGCAUGGACAGCAGAUUUCACCAUGUGCUCCAGCCUGCAGGGCUCCUGCUCGACUCCUCCAAAUCUCAACUCGGUGGAGUACAGCUGUGACCAAGGCGUCGACGUUGGUGCUGUGUGCUUCCCAGCCUGCAUUGUGGCCCUGGACAUGGAUCUCCACGACCCGGUGGUUCUGCCCAAUGGCACCACAGCCGACUCUUUGAAGCACUGGAUGCUGCCCACCAAAGUCCAGAGCAUCGUCUGCUCCGGGAUGAUGAAGUGGUACCCUGACCCUCAGCACAUCCACUGCAUCCCGUCAUGUGAGCCUUUUGGAGGGGACGGCUGGUGUGACACCAUCAAUAACCGAGCCUACUGCCAGUAUGACGGAGGAGACUGCUGCCCGUCCACGCUCUCCACCAGAAAGGUCAUUCAGUUUGGGGCGGACUGCGAUCAGGACGAAUGCACUUGCCGUGAUCCGGAUGCUGAGGAGAACAAGAGCAAAGCCAAGGGAAACGGAGGAGGAGGAGGAGGAGGAGGAGGAAUGCAAUAAGAUGGAAGGAUGAAAGAAGUUGAACUUGUAUCAAACAGAGUCAAACCACAGAUUAUACACCACCACAAACAAGAAGUAUCCAUCUGAUUUUUAACCUUUUUUUUAAAUGCAAAGAAUGCGAUUGAAGUCAGACUUCAUGCAAGAAAUGAUCCUUUUUAUUUAAUCACAAGUCAUUUUGCUGUUAAAUAUGAGUCAUGUUGGUUUAUAACUUUAAUUCCUGUGUUUAAUGCAGUCAAAUAACAUCCGCACAUGGAUAUAAUGUGUUUUUUUUCCUCUUCUCUCAGACUUACAGGUUAUCUUUACUGUUGGGUUUUGUGUAAUAAGAGGAACGUAAAAAACAACUUGUGUUUAAACUGGGUUAAACAGUUUAUCCUUGCCUCUAAAAAUCAAAUGAUCAGAAUUGGAAUGAAUUAGUAUUGUAACUGGACUCAAGUACUUUUCUGGACUUGAUUAGCGUCGGGAUAAAGCAACCAAAAGAACUGGCUGUGCCGGAGAGCUGUCCAGUGCAUACGCUGAGGGAAAAUAUCAGCCUCGCCGCGUCCAUAUCUGAACGCGCCGAGGCCAAAACCGCUUCUGGUUGAGGUCUGCCUCUCUCACAGCGAAUCUCAAAUCGCUCGAUAAGGUAGAGGUGAAGAUGAGUCUUAACUGGAUCUUCUUUAGUCUUCACAGCAGACCGAACGAAGCCCUCAACAGUUGCUGAACUCCUCUGGAGCACGUGGCUCAUGCUGCUACGAGUCGCUGUAGGGAACGCAAGAGGAUACAUAUCUGUAAAGACUAACAUGUAUAGAUAAUAUAUUUGGAUAAUCUAACAUAUCUACUAGAUCACAUACUAGUCACACCGGGCAGUAUUUAUAUUCCAAACUGAGUAGUACAAACAUGUAUCUGUACUAUACAUCACCUGCAGCGGGUUUCCUCAAAGAGCUUCACAUGCCGAGUCCUAUUUAAAUGAAAGCAUUUAACAGAGAUUCAGCCAAAUAAUAUGAAUUUAAAUCUGAACUGAAUGUUAGAAACACCAAAUAUUGAACUCAAGCUGCGCUCUGACUGCUGCAGUGAAACAGAUCUUCACAUUUACGUCUGUGCGAAGCAGAUUCGGAACUUUUUGUUUCUGAAUACAUUAUUUGUGUUUGAAAAUCCAGCCAGCCCAGAGUGUACUCUGCGACCAUCCAACAUUAGCUGGGAUGAGCUCCAGCUGCAGUCGGGAUGGAGAUGAUUCGGAAGAUCGAUGGAUUUGAUCUGGGGCCGGGCAACGAGCAAAAAGCUUGAGACACUUGGAGAUGGACUGAUUGAAAUCUCGCUCUUGGUGGAUUUCUAGCCAACACCAUCCACUCCCGCUAUAUUUCUGCCCAUUCACAUCUGUAUCAUCUGCGCUAUAGCCAUUAAGGAAACACUGACUCAAAGUAAGUUUAAGUUAUUUCUUUUCCAUGAUGUGCAGAAACGCUUUCUCCCUGAAACAUGUUUACUUUGAUUAUUGUGGCUUUAAAUGGGACAGACCUCAUUUCUUAGAUUAUAUCAUAUUUAUCAUGACAACCAAACAUCCUGCACUGUGAAUUUUUAUCACUAAAGAGAUUCUUUCCAUAUGUUGUAUUUCUCUUUGAGUUGGUUAAAAUAAAGUGUAGC